ACGUGACGUUUUAUUUUCAGCUAUAAAUUCGUUAUAGAUCUACAUUAGAUACCUAUAUCCAUUGUUCCUUGUAACCAGUGUACACCUGUCGGGACAGAGAAUCUCACGGAUAUCGAAAUAAACAACUAACAGCGGGAAUGUGUACGAAUCAUGCUGUCGCGAAGUCCCUCCAGACACGGUUGGCUAAUGAUCCUAUGCUGGUCCUGAAUAGGAUGGCGUCACAGAACGGGUCGGUCAACUUGGGCUUGGGAUUUCCAAACUUCGCCCCUCCGAACCACAUCGUCCAGGCCCUCAGUGAAGCGGCGACAGGAAACAAUCACAUGUUACAUCAUUACACCAGGCCCUACGGUCAUCCUCGUCUAGUGAAUAUCCUAGCUAAUGUGUACUCGAAGCUUCUAUCCAUCACUUUGGACCCGUCUGACCAUAUAUUGACCACUAUAGGAGCAUUCCAGGGUUUAUCAUCGAUCUGCCAAAGCAUCAUCUACCCUGGAGAUGAGGUUAUCCUGCUGGAGCCUUUCUAUUCCCCGUACAAGAACAUGUUGGAGAUGCGAGGAGCGGUGCCUGUGUAUGUCCCAUUGCGCCCUUAUGACGACGGCAGUGGUCAGAGCAGUGCUAACUGGGUAUUUGAUAAGAAAGAGCUGGAGAGUGCUGUCACAGACAAAACUAAAGCGAUUUUCCUGAAUACGCCAAUGAAUCCACUUGGGAAGGUAUUCAACAAGGAAGAACUCCUAGAAAUCUCAGACCUUUGUGUAAAGCAUAACUUACUGUGUGUGGCUGACGAAGUCUAUGAAUGGCUGAUUUACGACCGAAAACAACAUGUUCGGAUAGCGAGUUUCCCCAACAUGUGGCAGCGCACCAUCACCCUGGGAAGUGCGGGGAAGAGUUUUAGUGUGACUGGGUGGAAGGUUGGCUGGUGUAUAGGCCCUAAACACCUCAUCCAGGUUCUUCAAAACUACCACUUCUCCGCCAUUCGGACAAGUCCCACUCUUACUCAGGAAGCAGUAGCCGUAGCGCUUGAGAAGGAGCUGCCCAUCCUCUACACACCUGAGUCCUACUUCCAAACGUUGUCGAAAGAAAUGGAGGGAAAGAGGAAUAGACUGUGUAAAUACCUUGACAAUGCAGGGUUCAAGGCCAUUAUACCAGACGGAGGUUACUACAUUGUAGCAGACAUAUCGAAUAUACUACCGCGUUCUCAAGAGAACAGAGACAUAUCUGAAGAAGCAACAGACUACAGAUUUGCAAAAUGGGCAGUUACAGAAAAGAAACUCUGCGUGCUGCCUAUGUCAAUAUUCUACUCGGAGGCUCACAGAUACCUGUGUGAGAAAUACGUCCGCAUUUGUUUUGUGAAGACGGAUGAUACGUUGGAGAAAGCGAAAGAAAUACUAGACGAGUGGUCGGACAGUUGAACAGACAGGAGUGGAUGUAUACAAACGGAGGCCUCCGUAAACCUGGCGAUUCGUAACUUAGAUUUAGUUAAAGACUUUAGCUAGUAGAGAGUGACUGAAUAUUCAUAGUAAUGACUAGCCAGUGUUAGAAGUAGGUGUGAUUCAAAUGAUAGACGCAAACAGAAAUAUAUUGACAUGUAUUUUGACAGGACAGGCUUUAGGUUAAACGUGUUACAGUAAUAAUCACUCAACUUUAAACAGAUCGAGUUAUACACAUAUAAUCUUUUAUCUAACAGAUAUUUGUAAGUGGAUUUAAUAUUUAUUGAUGCAAAUUUCAAUUAAUAUUAAUUAAUAUUUAUAAUGAUACUGUAUAUUGGUCUUUCUAAUACUAAACAUUAACAAGAACCAAUUAAAGUUUAUCAAGAAAUAAAAUUUUAUAAAGAUACAAGUCCUAUGACAUUUCUACAUGUUGUAUGAAGCCCAUAAAUGUUUUCACUUGACAAUCUUCUAUAAUACUGAGGUAAACCACCAACUAAUCAUGCAUUUCAUUUUUCUUUUAAAUAAUUAUAUUAUUCUAUUAUUUGGAAUACAUAUUAUAUGGAUAAAUUGUUUAAUGAUAUAACUUUACUCAAUAUAUCGUGUUAUUUUACCACCAGGAAUAACUAAUCGAUAACUGUGCAGGUGUUUCACCAGGAGUAAAUUA